CGAUUGUAGAACGGCCUUAAUAGUUGGACCACGUGUUACGAACAGAUGACCUUAUCGGGAAGAUAUGAUAUGUUACUACUAUUGGUUUUAAAAUCAUCUAUUUAGCGAUAAAAUGCAAUAUCCUGAAGUUUAAACUAUGUAAGCUAAAUGCUUUUUUUUGUGAAAUGGAUAUUGGAGUGUGAUUGAUUACUGAAUUUUAAAAAUAAGCACAUGUGUAUUAUAAAUACAGUAUCACGGAUGAUCAGUUUAUGUCAUAUAUUUAUUGAAAAGAAAAAAUCAACCGAUAUAUAAAUAUUAAUUUUGGAAAAUGGGACAGCAGAAGUUCUCUAGGAGAAUAAGUACCGUUUGUGAUGCCACAGUGUUUUGACGUUAGUUUAAGAUGGCGGUAUUUUUCAGUGUACGUAUCUGAGCAAAGUGUUUUGUGCUCUUUGAAGUUUCGCGUUUUCAGUGAAGGUUCGUUUGUCAAUGAAUGAUGGAGGCUGGUGCGAGUGCCGGUGCUCGCACGACGAGAUUUAUGAUGGAAGGCGUCGGUGCUAGGGUCAUCCGCGGUCCAGAAUGGAAAUGGGGCAAGCAGGAUGGAGGAGAAGGUCACGUAGGAACCGUAAGGAAUUUCGAAUCUCCUGAAGAAGUCGUAGUUGUCUGGGAUAAUGGCACAGCAGCAAACUAUCGCUGUUCUGGAGCAUUUGAUUUAAGAGUACUUGAUUCUGCACCUACGGGCGUGAAACAUGAUGGUACCAUGUGUGAUACUUGUCGUCAACAACCAAUAUUUGGAAUACGCUGGAAGUGUGCAGAGUGUGGAAAUUAUGACUUAUGCUCUAUAUGUUAUCAUGGAGACAAACACCAUCUGAGACAUCGAUUCUAUCGUAUUGCUACACCAGGAAGUGAAAGAGUUAUGCUAGAGAGUAGAAGAAAGAGCAAAAAGAUUGCUAUUCGUGGUAUAUUUCCUGGAGCGCGUGUAGUCAGAGGUGUAGAUUGGCAAUGGGAGGAUCAAGAUGGUGGAAAUGGUCGGCGAGGAAAAGUUAAUGAAGUUCAGGAUUGGUCUGCUGCUAGUCCUCGAUCUGCUGCUUAUGUUAUUUGGGAUAAUGGUGCCAAAAAUCUGUAUCGAGUCGGUUUUGAAGGAAUGGCAGAUUUGAAGGUUGUCAACGAUGCUAAAGGUCAAACAGUUUAUAGAGAUCAUUUGCCAUUACUUGGAGAACAAGGACCAGGGCGUACAGGUCCUCAUGGUUUACAGAUAGGAGAUCAGGUAAAGGUUAAAGUUGAUUUGGAUCUAGAGAUAGUACAGUCUCUUCAGCAUAGUCAUGGUGGCUGGACUGAUGGCAUGUUCGAAUGCCUUGGUACCACAGGAACAGUUGUUGGUAUCGAUGAGGAUCAUGACAUUGUCGUAUCCUAUCCUAGUGGAAAUCGUUGGACUUUCAAUCCAGCAGUGUUAACUAAAGUUCCAAUACCAGUUCCAGUAUCUAGUACAAGUACAGAUAGUCAAACUUUUGCUGUGGGUGACCUAGUGAAAAUAUGUAACGAUUUGGAAAAGAUUAAAUUGCUGCAACGUGGACAUGGCGAGUGGGCUGAAGCUAUGGCACCCACUCUGGGUAAGAUUGGCAGAGUGCAACAGGUAUAUCAUGAUGGAGAUCUCAAAGUUGAAGUAUGUAGCACAUCUUGGACAUACAAUCCUCAGGCAGUAACCAAAGUUGCAAAUAGCGAUGGCAGUGUACCAGGAAAUAGUAGUGGAGAACGGUUAUCGGCCUUGUUAAAAAAGUUAUUCGAAUCCCACGUGUCUGGAGACGUAAACGAAGAAUUAGUAAAGACUGCAGCUAAUGGUGAUGCGUCUAAAUGUGAGGACUGUUUGAAGAGACCGGAAGCUGAUGUGAAUGGUGUCUUCGCAGGCCACACUGCACUUCAGGCUGCAAGUCAAAAUGGUCAUUUGGAAGUUAUCAAAAUUCUUCUUCGUUACAAGGCAGAUGUUGAAAUAGAGGAUAAAGAUGGCGACAGAGCUGUUCAUCAUGCCGCUUUUGGUGAUGAACCUGGUGUAAUGGCGCUUCUUGCCGGCGCUGGUGCGGAUUUAAAUGCUCGUAAUAAAAGGCGCCAAACAGCCCUACAUGUUGCCGUCAACAAAGGACAUGCUGGUGUGGUGCGCACUCUCCUGGAAUUGGGUUGUCAUCCGAGUCUGCAGGACUCAGAGGGUGACACUCCGUUACACGAUGCGAUUUCCAAGAAACGUGACGACAUGUUGGCCCUACUGUUGGACCAUGCAGCAGACAUCACUCGCACGAACAACAAUGGCUUCAAUGCUCUGCACCAUGCAGCUCUUCGUGGAAACCCAAGCGCCAUGCGAAUUUUACUAUCGAAAUUACCAAGACCAUGGAUUGUCGAUGAGAAGAAGGAUGACGGUUAUACGGCCCUUCAUCUUGCUGCCCUGAAUAACCACGUGGAAGUGGCCGAACAGCUUGCACGAGCUGGAAAAGCCGAUUUGGAUUUGCAAAAUGUCAAUUUGCAAACAGCUUUACAUUUGGCAGUGGAACGGCAGCACACGCAGAUAGUCCGGUUACUAGUUCGCGAAGGAGCGAAUUUGAACGUAGCUGACAAAGAUGGCGACACACCGCUGCACGAGGCCCUUCGUCAUCACACCUUAACUCAGUUACGUCAAUUGCAAGAUGUUCAAGAUGUUGGACGUCUUCUUAUCAGUCUUGGUGCGCAAGGUCACGAUAAGAAGAGCAGUUCCUUCAUAGCCUAUUUCCUCGCGGCUCACGGUGCUGAUCUUGAACUGAAAAAUAAGAAAGGUCAAACACCUCUUGACCUUUGCCCAGAUCCUAAUUUGUGGAAGGCCCUAACUACUUGUCACAAGGAUAAAGAAUCACACGAAAUCGAGGCCGCCGCUCCUUCCGCAACCAUUGACGAAUGUCUCGUCUGUUCCGAUGGAAAAAGAGAAAUGCUAUUCAGCCCAUGUAAUCACGUUGCAUGCUGCAAUGCGUGUGCACCGCGGGUUAAAAAAUGUCUAAUCUGUCGAGAAAAUGUAUUGUCUAGAAUUAAGAUCGAAGAAUGCGUAGUAUGCUCCGAUCGCAAAGCAGGUGUGCUAUUCCGCCCAUGUAGUCAUAUGUGCGCCUGCGAAAGUUGUGCAGCUCUAAUGAAAAAAUGCGUCCAAUGUCGGGCCCAGAUUCAGUUCAUGAUACCGAUGUCAAUUUGCUGCGGCGGAGGAGGUGAUGUUACUUACGUUGAAGAAUGCAAUGCAUCAGGCACCAUAGCAGAGGUUAAGGCUGAUUCUAAGGAUGAACCUGCCCCCUCGAAUUCCAGCACCGGAGAGGCUGUUCUUAUGAAUAAUGGAAAUCGCGAUAUUUCUCACAGCGAUAUUCAGAAAUUACAGCAACAGUUACAAGAUAUUAAAGAGCAGACAAUGUGCCCUGUCUGUCUGGAUCGUCUGAAAAACAUGAUCUUCCUAUGCGGUCAUGGCACCUGUCAAAUGUGUGGUGACAGGAUGUCCGAAUGUCCUAUAUGUCGUAAAGCUGUGGACAAGCGUAUAUUACUUUAUUAAUAUACUCGAGAAUCUAGAGGAAAUGGAUGAAAAAGAAAAAGCGCAGAAAGCGUAAAGACUGGUAGUCAUCUUGGGUAUACCGUUAAUUAAUUUUUUGAAGAAAACAAUGUCAAUUUUUUUGACAAUUCUUCUAAAGUACCAAAAUACCAAGAUGGCCGAAAAAUCAUUGAUCGAAACCUAAUUUAAUUGGAUAGGACAAGAAAUGAACGCUUGACUAUGAGCCGCGUUUGUUGCACGUCGUUUUCCUUUUCGACAGAUUUUUACGCGUUUUUCCAGAAUCGUUUUGAGUUUCAAUCGUUAAUAGAAUCGGAGAUUAAUUCUACGCACAAUUAAUUAGUUAAUGUUAUUCAUUGAAAUGCGAUAGAGCCGAUGAUUACAUGCUGUCAAUGGAAUCUAUUCGGUAACGAAUAUUAUGUUAUAAGUUUAUUCGAUGUAUUAUUAGUACUAUGUUAUUGUGUAUCGACACUAAUUAAUUGGUAUCUGUUGAAGUUCGUCGUUCAUACAUAUACAUACAUACAGGGUUAGUUAGUAGAAACGCACCAGCAGAAAUUAGCCGCAAGUGGCCGACACGGCAGUGUGGCCUCUUCAAAAAAUGAUAUGUGACUGUGACC